CGGUUUGUGCAUGUGCGGCUUGGCGAUGGAUGGUUUCCAGAGUGUGAAACAAAUCAACGAGUUAUCAGCAGGUGGGACUGGGAAAGGUGGCGACCGGCAGAAAACAGACUGAGAAAAGGUAAAUCGGAGAGGAGUUCUUACCCGUACGGCAGGGAGUCCAACCCACACUGCCAUCAGGCGGUUCUGGGCGGCGAGCUGGCGAUGGGCAGCCCCAGCGCGGCGUCGCCCACCAAGCCGGCGGGUCAGUACUACCAGCACUACGGGUCCAACCCGCGCAGGAGAGCGCUGCACAUGGACGCCAUGGAAGUCCACACAAAAAAAGUGCGGAAGGUCCCUCCCGGCUUGCCGUCCUCAGUUUACGCUCCGUCUGCCAGCACAGCCGACUACAACCGGGACUCACCUGGUUACCCGUCCUCCAAGCCUCCCAGCACCGGCUUCCCCAGCUCCUUCUUCAUGCCAGACGGCCACCACAGCGGCGACCCCUGGAGCAGCAGCAGCAGCAUGAGCCAGCAGGGCUACCACAGCAGCAUGCUGGGGGGCGGGAACUCGGCGCACGGCCCCGCCCAGAGCUCCUCCUACUGCGGGAUCCACCCUCACGACCGACUGAGCUACCCGUCGCACUCCUCGUCCGCCGACAUCAGCUCCAGCCUCCCGCCCAUGUCCAGCUUCCACCGGGGCGGAGGCGGCGGGGGCGGAGCCAACCACUACAGCACCGCCUCCUGCACCGCCCCCACCAACGGCACAGACAGCGUCAUGGCUAACCGAGCACAGAGCGGCGCCGCCAGCAGCUCCCAAACCGGAGACGCCUUAGGAAAAGCUCUCGCCUCAGUGAGUACUGCAUACUCUCCAGAUCACACCAACAACAGCUUCUCGUCCAAUCCCUCCACCCCGGUCGGCUCGCCGCCGUCACUCACAGCUGCCAGUUCAGCCGUCUGGUCGAGGAACGGAGGUCAGGGAGCGUCGUCGCCGAACUACGAGGCUCCGCUGCAUUCGCUGCAAAGCCGCGAGGACCGGCUGGAGCGCCUGGACGACGCCAUCCACGUGCUGCGGAGCCACGCCGUGGGGCCGUCCACCGGCAUGGCGAGCGCGCACGGCGACAUGCACGGCCUCAUCGGGGCCACGCACAACGGCGCCAUGGGCGCGCUGGGCGGCGGCUACGGCACGGGGCUGCUGUCGACCAAUCGGCACUCGCUAAUGGUGGGCUCUCACAGAGAAGAUGGCGGCAGCGUGGGCAGUUUACGCGGCGGCCACUCCAUGGGGGGUCAGGUGUCGGUUCCUCAGCUGCCGGUCCAGUCGGCGACCUCACCGGACCUCAGCCAGCCCGACCCGUACCGCGCCCUGUCCGGCGGCCUCCAGGGUCAGAGCACGUCCUCAGUGAGCUCAGAGAUCAAGUCUGAGGACGAGGGAGACGAGAACCUGCUGCAGGACACCAAGCCGCUGGACAAGAAGGACGACCUGGACAAGGAGCUCAAGGCCAUAGAGAGGUCAAGAUCUAGCAACAACGACGACGAGGAUCUGAGUCCGGAGCAGAAGAUGGAGCGGGAGCGAGAGCGCAGGAUGGCCAACAACGCCCGGGAGCGGCUGCGCGUCCGCGACAUCAACGAGGCGUUCAAGGAGCUGGGCAGGAUGGUGCAGCUCCACCUGAAGAGCGACAAGCCGCAGACCAAGCUGCUGAUCCUGCACCAGGCCGUCGCCGUCAUCCUGAGUCUGGAGCAGCAAGUCAGAGAGAGGAACCUGAACCCCAAGGCGGCUUGUCUGAAGCGCCGCGAAGAGGAGAAGGUCACCGUCACGUCCGAUGGGACGCCCCUCUCGCUGGCCGCCGCCCACCACGCCGCCGCCAUGGGCGAUGGACCAAACCCCAUGGGACAAAUGUCCAAGGUGCCAGAGUUCAUCAGGAUGAUGAGUGACCACUUCCUCUGACGGCGUUCUCCUCCAACCAAUCAGGCGCCGCCUCUCGCUCCAGCCCGACCAAGUAGUUCCUCCGGGUCAGAUCCGCCUUCGUCUCCUCUGUGAUCUGUCGUCUCCUCUUCGCUGCCAUUUCUUCUUCUUCUUCUUCUUCAGUCGAGAAAAUCGGACUUCAGAAUCGCAUUCGUCGCUUUCCGGACGUUUCGAAACGACAACGGACAAAUUUCUUUGGAUCCGCCCAGGAACUCUUGUGCUACGUGUUUUAUCAGCAUUCCCAGG